AUUGGCUUAUAAAUGCACUUAGCUACUAACCCACUUCUCCUCCUACUUCCAUGUAUCAACAUUGUUAUACAUAAUAACUGCCUUCCACUACUUGGGAAACGCAUCUCUCUCUCUCUCUCUCCCCGCCAAUAUCAUAGCGUAGUACUGUUGCAAGUUCUGCUUCUCCAAUGGAGUUUCAUCCCUUGCCGAUCUUCGCUCUAUUUCUCUCUCUGGCUGCGGUGGCAAGCCACGCGGCUCUAUCGCCAGAGGGAUACUGGAAAUCAGUGUUGCCAAACACACCCAUGCCUACGGCCGUGAAGGACCUUCUUCACCCCGACGAUUUUCGCUCCAGCAAAGCAACCAACGUCGGCGUCGGUAAAGGAGGCGUUGUAGUUGGUACCGGAAGCAAGGGAAAGCCAGUAUACGUUGGCGUAACGCCAGGACCGGCACCUUUCCUAUACAAGUAUGCUGCUACUCAAGAUCAACUCCAUGACAACCCCACUGUGGCUCUGUUCUUCUUGGAGAAGGACAUGAAACCGGGACGAAAGAUGGCUUUGCACUUUGUCAAGAGUACCCCCACCGGAGCUACCUUCUUACCUCGCCAGGUUGCAGAGAAGAUUCCCUUUUCGUCCGACAAGUUGCCGGAGAUUCUGAACCACUUCUCCGUGAAACCCGACUCAGCUGAGGCCGAGGCGAUGAAGAAGACGAUCACAGAGUGUGAAGAGCCCGGCAUCAGAGGAGAAGAGAAAUACUGCGCAACUUCUCUGGAGUCUAUGGUUGAUUUCAGCACUUCCAAGCUCGGGAAAAAUGUCAAAGCAAUCUCCACGGAGGUAGAGAAGGAGGAGACUCCAUUGCAGAAGUACAGCAUUGUGAGUGUGAAGAAGAUGGGAAGCGACAAAGCCGUGGUGUGCCAUAAGCAGAGCUAUGCGUAUUCGGUGUUCUACUGCCAUAAGACGAGCACCACCAGAGCGUACAUGGUUUCCAUGGCAGGUGCUGAUCGCACGAGGGUGAAGGCGACUGCAAUUUGUCACACUGAUACGUCGGCAUGGAACCCGAAGCACCUGGCCUUCCAAGUGCUCAAGGUUGAGAGAGGAACAGUUCCCAUCUGCCAUUUCCUUCCCCAGGAUCAUGUCGUGUGGGUUUCAAACUAGGUUUCCUGCAAAAACGAAUCCGCAACUCAUUAGAUCCAUCAGUUUGUGUUCUGUAGUUUGGUUUGUAUGAUACGAAACUCUACGGGUAUGGUAAUUAUAUAAGCAUAUGUACUUCGAUUGCCACCACAUAAGAGUCAUGAGGCUUGAGUUGGAGGUGGCUGAUGCUUUGAUGUUAUCUAGCAAUAAAUGUUUUCUUCCCUA